AUGUCAUCGCCUGCUACCGAAAAUACUAGUAUAAGGAAAAACCCCAACACCAGGGCAAAUAAGAGAAGGGCUAACCAGAACGUAUACAAUGCAAAAUAUACUAUAUUUGGUGUUAUUGGUUUGUUAGCCUGUUUUGUGUUCCAAAAGAUCGUAUUAGAACCAAGGAGAAUUAAAUGGGGUUUGGAGGACUUUCGUCAGAACAAUUUUAAUGAAGAGAAACAAGAGGAUGAAAUGAGCAGGAUAAUUCAUCAACGUUCAAUCAUUAAUCAUUUCAUCCCAAAUGAAACCUUUGAGGGUGAUGGAGCUAGAGUUAAAAGAUCGAUUGGCUCCCACGAACAAAGAAGGUUUGCCCCAUUUUUAAUGCUGGACGAUUUUGAUGUCACACCGCCUGCUGGUUUCCCAGACCAUCCACAUCAUGGACAAGAAACUAUCACUUACGUCUUGAGUGGUAUGAUUGCCCAUGAAGAUUUUACCGGUUUAAACGGAAUUCUCUCCCCUGGAGACUUGCAAUUUAUGACUGCAGGCAGGGGUAUAGUUCAUUCUGAAAUUCCUGUCACUAUGGAAAAUGGUGGGUCAUGCAGAGGCUUGCAACUUUGGGUUGACUUACCCCAAGACCUUAAGACUAUAGAGCCAAGAUAUAGAAACCUCAGAGCAGCUGAUAUUCCAAUUGCAAUGCCCUAUGAAAAUUUAAAGGUCUAUGUUAUAAGCGGUAAAUCGUAUGACGUUGAAUCUUUAAAUGAUUUAGCUUAUACUCCGGUUCAUUUAUAUCACUUUGUUACAAUAAAGGCGGGUACGCCUUUUAUUCAAGAAUUUCCAAAAGAUUUUAAUGUUUUUUUGUACGUUAUUAAAGGUGCAGUAUUAAUCAAUGAAAAAAUUUUUAAAGAGAACACAGCAAUUUUCUUCGAUGUAGAUGGCGAAUCCAUUGAAGGCCAGUUUGCAACAGAUGAUUCCGAAUUUGUAUUAGUUGGUGGUGAGAUUUUGAACCAACCGGUUGUGCAGCAAGGCCCCUUUGUCGAGACUGAUAAGCAAAAGUUAAUGCAAGUUUUCGAUGAUUUUGAAUCUUAUCGUAAUGGGUUUGAAAGAGCCGAAAACUGGGAAUCCAAUAUUCGUAAAGGAAUAAAAGAAGCAGAAGCUAGAGAGCUAAGAACCUAA